GGUGAGAACAAGCGCCAGCAAAAUUUCUUCACUUCUGCCAGCUUCACUUCAGAAACGGCAAAAAAACGAGCGAAUUGCCGUUAGACGUUUAUCGUUUACCGUUUGUCGUUCGACGUUUACAGUUUGUCGUUAGCCGUUAAUCGCUUCCACGGCGACCGUUACGAAAAGGUUUUCAAAAACGUUGCAAAAUGUUUGAAAAUUAAUUUUGAUAUUAUCAAAACAUAACAGAGAAAUGAGAGGAUAGAGAGAAGUGUGCUAAAGGGAAUUAGUGACAAGUGUUGCAAACGUUGCAAAGUCUCACAGUUUAAAAUAUAUAAUUUUUUUGAGUGUUUUUUCAAAGUGUUUUUUUUUUUCCAAAAAUUAUUUAACGUUGUAAGUGAACAGAAAAAAAAGUGCUGGAAAAAUUUGUAGUUUCUCUGUGGCAUUCACGGAAAAGCGAGCGAGCGCAGCGACCGUCAUUACAGUGAAGCAAUGCUAAUGGGAACUAGUACAUCAGGCUUAUGAUGAUGAUAAUGGUGGCCCCACAUAACGGCGACCAAAGCGCCAACAGCAUUCGCAAUCGAAGCAAACUGAAUUGCAGCGAGAACUUCAACUUCCAGAAGCACAGUUGGAAGGAGCAACAACAACAACAACAACAACAGCAACAGUCACAACAACAACAACAACAACAGCCCCAAGCCCAGCCACAGCGACAAUUAGAGACCAUUAGCCGAAGGCAGACCAAUCAAUCUAUAUUUAGACAGAAGCUGGCGCAUUUUCAAUUUGCCGAUGUGGGCGUAGGCGUGGGCGUAGGCGUGGCCGUGGCCAAUGGAGGCUGCAGGCGACUGCAGCUGUUGCUGCUGUUAUUGAUUUGCAAUUGCAUUGAUAAUUCCGUUUCAAACAAAAUCUCCUCAGUGGGCGCCUUCGAGCCGGACUUUGUCAUACCGCUGGAGAACGUGACCAUCGCCCAGGGCCGGGACGCGACCUUCACGUGUGUUGUCAACAAUUUGGGCGGUCAUCGGGUGAGUGGUGACGGUGCGUCAGUUCCAGCCAAGGUCGCCUGGAUUAAGGCCGACGCCAAGGCAAUUCUGGCAAUACACGAGCAUGUGAUCACGAACAAUGAUCGAUUAUCGGUGACUCACAACGACUACAAUACCUGGACACUGAACAUACGGGGCGUUAAGAUGGAGGAUGCUGGCAAGUAUAUGUGCCAGGUCAACACAGAUCCCAUGAAAAUGCAAACAGCCACCCUGGAGGUGGUCAUACCACCGGAUAUAAUAAACGAGGAGACCUCCGGCGACAUGAUGGUUCCGGAAGGUGGCUCUGCGAAGCUCGUGUGUCGAGCACGCGGCCAUCCCAAGCCGAAGAUCACCUGGCGGCGUGAAGAUGGACGCGAGAUAAUCGCACGCAAUGGCGUCCAUCAGAAGACCAAAGCCAUACUGGUGGAGGGCGAAAUGCUGACGCUGUCGAAAGUCACGCGAUCGGAAAUGGGCGCCUAUAUGUGCAUCGCCUCCAACGGAGUGCCACCAACUGUGAGCAAGCGCAUGAAGCUACAGGUGCACUUUCAUCCGCUGGUGCAAGUGCCAAAUCAAUUGGUUGGCGCCCCGGUUCUAACGGAUGUCACAUUAAUUUGCAACGUGGAGGCAUCACCGAAGGCCAUCAAUUACUGGCAGCGCGAGAACGGCGAAAUGAUUAUAGCCGGCGAUCGGUAUGCCCUCACCGAGAAGGAGAACAACAUGUACGCCAUCGAGAUGAUUCUUCACAUUCGACGGCUGCAGUCGACCGACUUUGGCGGCUACAAGUGCAUCUCGAAGAACAGCAUUGGCGACACCGAAGGCACCAUACGACUAUACGAAAUGGAACGUCCUGGCAAAAAAGCGCAGCGCGAAGAGGAUCUGAACGAAGUGACGAAGAACGAGGUGGUGCUCAAGGAGAACCGCCACGAGGAUGGCUCGCGCAAUCAGAACGGUCGCCUCUACAAGGACCGCAGCCAGGACGCCGACAUGGGCAGCGGGGGUGCGGCCAAGGCGCGCCAGCUAAUAAAGCCAUUUCUAUUGGCGCUAUUUGUAAUAUUAACAGCCAAUGUGUGCUGCUGCUGCUGCUGCUGCUCUCUGGCAAAUGGCAGUGGGCCUGGGCCAAGGGGGCAGGGCGAUGGUUCGACUCGAGUCGCAGCACCAACAGUGACAACAACAAGGACAAUGGCUGCAGCGAACGGUGUCGGCGACGGCAGCUGCAAAGCUCGUUUCAUAUUAUAGCUUAAUUAAAUUGUAAUUAUAAGAAUGCGCUGGCAACAACAAAAGACGACAACACACACGCAUGGCCAAAAUUGGAUAUGCCACGCCCCCCACACACACACACACACACAGACAAACAUGAACAAAAGUUUGAAGAGUUUCAUCAUUUUUUUUUUUUUUUUUUUUUUUUUUUUUUUUUGGGGCUCAAGGUUUUUGGUCAUAUUUCAAUAUAAAAGCCAGGAAAAAAAUAAAAUAAAUAAUGAAUGAAAUUGAUGUAAACGUAAGUAGUUAAGAUUAAAUGGAAAUUGAAAAACAACGCGUUUAAAUGUUACCUCGUUAUAAAAAAUAAAACCAAAAGAUAACUAAAACUAAAUAUUUAAGAUAAGCGGAAAGACGAAAGCAGCAAGAAAAUGUCAAAGUUCAUAUGUUACUCUCUCUGUUUUCCUUCGGUUCCACAGGCUUUAGCUACUUCAAGUAUUACAAAGGAAAAGAAAAGAUCGGCUCGCCGAAGCUUAAAGACUCUUGCAGAGAAACUACAUAGAUAUCAUAUCAUCUUAGAACUGCAAACCAAUCGAUAGAGUUGUCUGAUAUAUAUGAUAUAUAUUGUCUAUAGGUAAUUUGUUUCGAAACAAGAAUUUCAAUAAAAUUCUUUAGUAUUUCGAUAUGUGGCUAGCCCUAGUCAGCUAUAUGCUAUUUAGGCUGUCCUGCUCCUCGAUUCGUUUUCUCUGAGUAUUCAAAGGGAACUAUACCGAACAGCUGGUCUCUCUGACGUAAUUUUAUUAUAUCCUCUCAGAUAUCAAUAGGCUCUGCAAGAGUAUAACAAAAAACUAAAGACCCAAUCACAUGAAUACUAUAAAUAAUCUUGAAUAUGAUAGAAACCCAGCUGGAUAAUCCAACAUCUAACAUAGCUUAGCCCCAGAAAUCCCCAUAUACAUAUAUUUGUCUACAAGUCAUAUUUAUGUUAUUUUUGUUGUUCGACUUCAUUAUGGGUGGGUUAGGGGUCUCUGUAUAUACAACUAGUUAUACUAUAUAUACGGUUCAGCUCAAAUCAUAUUUAUGAUAAAUAUUUAUAUACAACUUAUGAAAUACGAUAUAUUGUAAAUAUUCGCACCUGUAGUGUUCUUAACCUCUUGUUAACGCAUUGCUCGCAUUUGUUCAUGAAAUGCAAUUGGUUUCAUUUACAUAAGCUAAAAUUCGGCAUUGUUCAUUUUACAGUUAGGCUGGCAAGUUAGCGAACUGGUUCACCUGAUGAACUACUACGAAAAGCAAACUUAAUUAUACAUUUUAUUUUAUUUUUGUGUAUUUUUUUUCUAUCUUUUUUUAAACAGCAUAAAAUAUCUUUAUUUUACAAAACUAGUUCAUUUGAACCAAGCCAAUCAAAGAGUAUAUUAAACGAACCACUACACAGAAAAUUUACAGCUGAGCUGGCUCAACUGAACUAGUAUGAAAAUUGUAUAAGUUCAAGAUUUUUAAUUUGAACUAGUGAGAUUGAUUUGGAACCAGUGCAAUCAAGACAUGAGCAAAUGCCAAGAAACUCCCAGCUUUAUUUCGUUAGGUAAUCAAUGCAAAUCCAAUUCCUUCGCUCUCUCCCUAAAGAACAUGCACACAUACACCUAUGUGCAUAUGUGUGUGCGUGCAUGUGUAACUAUCUAAUGCGUGUUUCAGCUUAACUCCCUGUUUGAUAUUGUGUAAAAAUAUUUGCAGUAAAACGUAAAGAAAAUGUGCCAAAAAUGCAUCUGAGAAAAAGAAAACCAAAAAAA